AAAUCGUUAAUAGAUGAAAGAGUGCAAAUUUCUUAAUUUUAUUGAUUAAUAUAGGACCUUAGACAAUUUUCUUUGGAUGGCUUCUUAAAUAUGCAUUUUCCAAUUGUGAAAUCAAAUAUGUAUUCUUCAAUACAUUAAGCACAGCCUUCUUUAAUUUCUUGAUCAAUUAAAGAGUAACUUCCUUUUGUAAUUUCUACUUCAAUGAAGGAGUAGUCUUCUUAAAAACCUAGAGUGGUUAUUGUGGGAUCAUUCGCAAAAUAAUUGAAACAAUAUAAACAAUUUUUUAUUUUACAAAAGACACAUUUUUGUUGA